CGCGCGAACGAGUGGGAACCGCGAGGACAUCGCGCCCCUGAGACGACAUCGUCAUAACUUGACCAAGGUAAUUCUUGCGCAAGGAUCGCCGUGCUUUUACGCGCUUCAAGACGCGAACGAACGCCGCCGCACUUCGCGCCGCCGCCGCGUUUCGUUUCUCACAGAAAAGAGAAAACCCUAAUCCCCAACGACCUUCGACGUCGUCGCGUGACCCGCGCCGCCGCGUGAAUCAAGAUGACGUACCCGACGCUCGGCUCCGAGUCCGCGAUCGCGACGGUGACGUGCACGACGCUGUUCUUCUUCAUCACCGCGAUCGUCUACGCGCUGCGCAAGGCGGACGGCUCGUUCAUGAUGCCGCUCGAGUUUUUCAACAGCGUCAAGACCCCCAACGUGCACUGGCUCAGCGCGAAGAACUCGCUGCCGUGGCGCCAAGUCGGGCUCUCGUACUUCGCCGGCGGCAUGGGCGCGUCGGUGUACUACGGCUCCACGGAGAUGGGCGCGAACACGCGCCUUUCCUGGUGGGGCGUCUUUGGAUACACCAUGGGAAGCACGUCCCCCGCGCUCCUCCUCAUCGCCAUCGCGCCCGCCAUCAAAAAGUUCGUCGGCGACAAAAACGGCUUCAGCGUCACGGACUUUGCGCUCCAGCGCUUCGGCCGCUUGACGCAACUCGUCGCCGCGUUCAUGAGCGUGAUGUACAUGUUCAUCUCCCUCUGCGCGGAGCUCGGGAGCAUCGCGAACGUCGCGACGCUUUUCGCCGACAGGACCAGCUACACGCGUAAAGUCGUCCUCUGCGUCGUCGCGCUCGUCACGAUGUCGUACACCAUGGCCGCGGGGUUCCCCGCAUCCGUGAUCACCGACCGGAUCCAGGGCGUGAUGAUCAUCUCUUUCAUGCUCUUCUUCGCGAUCUUCUUGAUGGCCGAGAACCCGGUCACGCCGUCCGAGAUGGACUCGGUGUCGCACUCGAGAACAUCGGGCUUCGUCGUCAUGGUCACGCUCAUCAUCGCGAUCAUCUCCGCCGAGCUCUUCAACGCCGGGCAGUGGCAGCGCGUGUACGCCGCGAAGUCCACCGUGGAUCUUCGCAAGGGUCUCGCCCUCGGCGCGGGGUUGAUCUUCAUCGUGAUGUGGUUCUUCGGCGUCCUCGGCGUCGUCGCCGCGGCCAAGUACAACGACGACUUCAACGCGUACACGAAGUUCCACUACCUCGCGUACUUUUACCUCGUCGAGAACUUGGCGAAGGGGUGGCACUUCAUCGUCCUCAUCUUCGCCACCUCGCUGUGCGUCUCUUCCGUGGACUCCAUACAGAACGGACUGACGUCCGUGAUGUACAGGGACAUCAAAAAGUUUGGCCUCCCGGUGAACAGCGUCCGCGUGGUCUGCCUCGCGCUCAACAUCGGCGCCAUCGUCGUCGCCGCGGAUAAGAUUGACGUUCUGUCUCUCUUCCUCAUGGUCGACCUCGUCUGCGCGGUCGCCGCGCCGGCGCUGUACCUCGGGAUGAUCCGCAAGGACGUCAACAAGUUCAUCGUCGCCCCCACGGAGUUUGGGUCGCUGAUGGGCGUCGUCAGCGGCGUCCUCGCGGUGAUCAUUCAAGGCGCGAUACUCAACCUGGACGGCGCGUGGACGGAUACCUACGGCGCCGUGCACUCCACGAAAGCGGUCGCGGAACUCGCCCCGCCGAUCGUGCACCGCGCCCAAGGCGCGGCUGGGAACUUUUGGCUGCCGGACGGGACCACGAUCGAAGGAGGCGGGCUGCAGGCGUUCGGCGGCGUGCGAACGCUGUCGACGUUCAUCCUCGCCGUGUGUUUCAGCGCCUUCGGCACGAUGUUCUUCUCGUUCCUCGACGUGACCGUUCGCGGCGACGCGUCGAGGAAGCCGUUGAUUCAGCUCCCGUUCGACGAGCCCGUCACGGACACGCGGAACCCCGCGCCGUUGGAGUACGAGCCGGGGGAGAAGCCCGCGGAGGAGGAGGUCGCGGACGCGGCCAAGCCCGCGGCGAAGGUUUAAAAUUCGGUUCGGUUCGAUCUCUUCGAGACGAAGACGAAAACGAAACGCGGACUCCCGUCGCCGUCGACGGGGAUCUGUACCAAAAAAGAAAAAGAAAAAAAUGACGGCACUGGGGGUGCUCGCGCGCGUCCGCGCGCGGGCUGAGAACAUACCCUUCUGACCGGACCAUGGUAAUGCAUGCGUCGGGAAGUGCUUUCCCUCGGGGACGAAUAAUACUCGCGUCCGCGGGGGAAUGUACCACUAUAUACUACAACAACGCCGCACAAAAAAAUGAAAGCGGUGCGAGAGCGAGCGAGCGCAGAUACCAUCGCGCUCAUAACCUAUUUUCGAAUACUAUGAACUCACGCGCUAAACGAGGA